GUAAUCGUAAAUGAGAAAUUUGAGAACAUCUUGGUGAUCAUGAAUGAGAAAUUUGAGAACAUCUUGGUAAUCAUGAAGGAGAAAUUCAAGAAUAUUUUGGUGAUUGUGAAUGAGAAUGUUGAGAAUGUCUUGGUGAUUGAGAAUGAAAAUGUUAAGAAUAUCUUGGUGAUUGAGAAUGAGAAUAUUGAGAAUGUCUUGGUGAUUAAGAACAAAAAUGUCAAAAAUGCCUUAGUGAUUGAGAAUAAGAGUGUCAUGACCUAG